AGAAGGAGAAGAAGAAAAGAAAGAGCAUAGUGAAGAAAAGGAAGAAGAAAAAGAAGGAGGAGGAGGAGGAGGAGACGAGGAAGAGGAUAAACAAGAACGAGAGGAAGAUAUGGAUUUUCAACUGAAUCCUAACGCGGCCGAAUUUAUUCCGAUCUCGCCGCCUAAGCGUCAAAUUAAGAUCAAUACGAUAAACGACAGUCUCGUUGCAGGUUCUCCUUUGAAAACUAUAGCGAUGGACGACAUAAAGGUACCGAGUCAAAAAGAAUUUGACGAGGAAAUAUCCGCUAGGCCUCAUGAGAUCGAAGAGGAAGAUUCAUCGCCUAAUGGCGAUCAUACGACGCCUUUCGAUUAUGAUUUUUACACGGAACAACAAAAAGUAAUCAAUCCAUUAUCCGCCGCCGCCGUUGCUGCCGGUUUAGACGAAUCCGAAAUUUCUUCAACUAAAGCCGAAUACGGAGAUGAAACAAUGAGCUUUCUAUGUACGACGACUACCGAUUUGCAUAAAACUGAAAUCUCCACGAUGGAAGAAUCCUUUGGCGAUUCCGACUGUGACAUUUAUAACAGAGACAAUCCAAUGACGAUGUCCUAUACUCCGUGCGAUUUCAAAGCGGCCUUUAAUAAGGAAGUCGAUUUAAAUGCUGUUCACGAUUUAAGCGAUGGGGACUUGGAGGAUGAAAAUUGUUCUUCCGAAGGACAAACUCCCCAGUCUCCGAAAGUGAUAUUAUCAACGGAUAUAGAAGAACGUCGCACGGAAUUGGAUACGUUGUCUAACGGAGACUCGUCGAGUCAAGUUCAAACAACGUCGUUGUUGUCGAAGGACGAUGCUACUUUCUUAAAGUUCGAAGAUUCGAACGAACCGAAAACUACGGAAUUUGUUCAAGUUGAAUUGGAACGUCAUCGUCAGUCAUCUCCGAUCAAAUUCGAGCAAGAUUUUUCGAAGGAAGAGGAGGAAAAGUCUUCUCCUUUGUUAGAAAAUAAGGACGAGAUGAUACAUGUUGUUACGCGAGAGAAAGAGGAGGAAAAAGAGGAAGAAGAAGAAGAAGAAAGAGAGAAAGAGAAAGAAAAAGAAAAUGAGCGAGUGGAAACACCGAAAGAAGCGGAAUAUAUCGACGAUGAAAAGGAUAAUAUCGCGGCAGACAACGAUAUCAUCACGAAUAGCGAUAGCGAAUUUAUCGUAGACAAACCAAUCGAAAUUGCAACGGAUUUGAUUCAAUCCGAACUCUUACAAGAUACGAUAUCCCAAGAGCAACAUAACUUUUUGUCGUCUACGAUUGACGAAUCAUUGAGAUCAGUUUCUCCGUCUAUGCCUUCGAUCGAAAGAGAACUCAUAGGUACAUCUCCGGAACCUUUGAAGAACGAUCUUAUCGCUUCCAUGGAAAAUCUUGCGUUAGCCAAGGAAGAGAAAGAUCGUCCUAUUAUGGUUUCUAAUUUAUAUUCAAACGUUUCGGAAUAUCAACCGAAUCAGAGUUCCUUCGAUCUGUUCGCUUCUGGAGAACCAGCAUUGUCCGAUAUAUCUUCGAAACCAUCACUUUUAGACGAUUCAAUGGACUUAAUUGCACAGACCGUUCCAAAGGAACAUCCAGAGUCCUGUUUUCUACCAACUCUUAUCUCUGAGCCAAUCUCCAAUGAUCGACCUAUCGAGAAUUUGUUAGAGCUUAAAGAAACUACCACUGAAGUGCCUAUAACAGAUCACAUCGAAGAAAGCAAAGCUGAAGAAUGUCCCAAGUCUUCUUCUUCUUUCGAGGAUAUUGUAGAGAAACCGUCACAACUUAUGGAAGAAUCCGUAUGCUUUUUUGAUACGAACAAGCAUAUCGAUUUAAGUCAAGAUAUUCAUCUGAAAUUGGAAGAUUCCUCGGAGACGAAACCUACUGACAAAAUAGAAAUCAACGUUAAUGAAUUUGAAAAGGUCAACGGAACGGUCGCGUUAAAUUUGUCAGAAUCUAUACAAGAAUUUACGGGUUUGGAGAAACAAUUGGAACCUGAAAAUAUUACACCCGAGGAAUCUCCAAUGACCGAAACGGCUCCACUCGUCGAAGAUAAAAUAACGAAAGAAGAUAUUCUUGAACAUAAGGAGCCCGUUGCACAAGAAGCUGUCGAGGAAAAAUUACUUUUGGAUACGAAAGAAGAAGGAGAGGAAGAGGAGGAAGGAUUAGAAGCUAAGGAAGAUGUAGAAAUCGUACAGGUUGCGGAAACAACACGGCCAGUUGCUACUACAGAAUUGACGGAAUUUUCAAAGUCUACAGAACUCGUGACACCCGUAGAAAAUGUUGAAAUUGAAAAAGCUUCGGACGCUUUCGAACUAGUAACACCUGUAGAAACUACAGAAAUAUCCACGCCUACAGAUACUGAAAAAACUGUCGUUUCUACGGACAUCGUAGAAAGCGAGGUCUCCGAGAAAAUUAUAGAAAUUACGAAGCCUAUAGAUACCACCACCAUGGGAAUUAUAGAUACUGCAGAAGUCGCAGGAGCUACAGAGAUCGCAGGUACUGGAGAAAUCACAGAGACAGCACUAAUCGCAGAUGCUACAGAAAUCGUAGGUACUGCAGAAAUCGCAGGUACUGCAGAAAUCGCAGAGACCGCGGAUACUGCCAAAACUACAGACAUUUCUGAAGCUGUAUCGGUAACACAGGAUAUAGAAAAACAAGAGGUUACCGAACCUGUUAAAGUAGAGGAAUCGCAAAAGAUCGAAGGAGAAGCAGCUGUGGAACAACCAGCAGUCGCUGUAGUCGCGACAGAAGGUAUCGUGGCUGCAGCUGCGGCUGCUACAGCAGCAGGAUUAGUUACGACGGUAGCGGCUACGAGCACGAGUAAUAAAGCCAAAGGAAAGUCUACGACGAAAUCGAUGAAGCCUGGUAGCAGCGCAAGUACUAAGGCUGCAGCACCAAAGUCUACCCCAACUUCACCUUCGAAGACUGUCUCUUCGACAACAAGACCAACGACUUCAGCGACAACGACGAAAAAACCGGCCGGAACUGCGGCAGCUCGUCCUAAACAUCUCGAUACUACUGCCACUAAGUCUCAAACUUCUACUAAUACAGCAAAAUCAAGUGCGACAAAGACUGUAUCGGCUAGUAAAACAUCGACAACAGCAACGUCAACGACGAAGACUGCUGCGCGUCCAAGCAGCGCCCUUACGAAGUCGAAGCCUGCAUCAGCUUCAGCGAGAAGUACUACUACUAGCACGGUAGAAAAGAAAUCUAUCCUCAAUGGCGACGUUAAAUCUCUUAGUAAGACAACAGUGACGAAAGCUGCUACCAAAUCGACUAUUACGUCUACGUCAACCGCGGCCAAAACUAGCACGAGUAAAACUACGACGGGUUCGCGAACAUCGUCCAGUACGACGACGGCGACGACGACGACAACAGCAUUAUCAACGACCGGCAAGUCAAGACCGACUUCCGCUAUAACUGCAGCUAAGUCACCGGCUAAAUCGGCGGGUACAAAUGCGGCGAGUAGUUCAUUAAACGCAACGAAAUCUAAAGCAACUACGACUAGUAAUAACACGGCAAAGACACGUACUUCUCUCGCAAAAUCACCGAUGAUCGACAAGCAAAUCAAGGAGACUGCUAACAAGCAAAUCUCUAUGGCUCGUACUACGAGUUCUCCGAUAUCCAAAACUACAACGCGUUCUUCUAUGUCUGCUACUACUAUCCUUAACGCUAAUACCAUCACCUCGACCACGAAACGUUUGUCGAGCCAAAAAUCUACCAGCACGACAGCAGCACAUUCGCCAGUGAAGAAGGUUACAUCGAAAGUUGCGUCUGGACAUUCGUCGGGUGCUACUACUACUAAAUCUUCGUCGACGACUAAAGUGAAAGUAAUGCAAAAUGGAACGGCGGAUAACGUUGAAAUCACCAAAACUGCAACAACAAUAAUAACAACAAAUAGUAAAAAUGAGGAUGACGUACCUAAGAAAGAUUUGUCGCCUGUAGUCGCACACACCGAUAACCAGUUGAUUUCGAGUGCCGAUUGAAUGGCUCGACCAUAAAAGAGCAUAUCUUGUAUGGAUCCGCAGAUUAUCAUAAUACGAGCCCGAACCCUUUUAAAAUUAUGCGGAUCGUAAUCGUUACAUACUAAUAAUUCUUUUUUUUUUUUUUUAUAUUUUAUUUUCACGAGAAGGAUUUAAACGAGAUCCACAUCGUCCUCUGGUAGCGUUUUAGGGAACAUGUAUCGAAGGGAGAAGUUUUUACUCUACUUACAUAAAUAUCAAGCUAAUAUAUAUGUAUAUAUAUAUAUAUAUAUAUGCGCACAUAUAUAUAUAUGUAUAUUAUAUAUACGUACACACACACGUACACGUUACAUAACACACUUAUACGGAGUGAGAAGGAAGAAAACAAAAUGAAACAAAAAAUAUCCCACACUUGGAUCUGUUUUAAUCUUGUGACAAAGAAACGACAUGCAACAAACAAAUUUUACUGCAUACUCUUAGCUUUCGACUGUUUCGGUUGUGUGCCGCAAAUGAUUAUCCAAUUAGAUAUCUAAAUCGAUGAAGAAGAAAAAAUAAAAAAAAAAUAAAUAAAUAAAAGAUACAAAAAAAAAAAUAAAAGGAAGAAUGAAAAGGACGAGAGAGAAAGAGAGAAAGAAAGACAGAAAGAUAGGCAGAGAGAGAGAGAGAGCAAAACGGGAAAGAUGUGCGAGCGUGAUAUGUAUGAAUGUGCGAAUGAUAGAGAAAAAUAGAAUGAAAGGGCGAGAGAGAGAGAGAGAGAGAGAGAGAGAGAGAGAGAGAGAGAGAGAGAGAGAGAGAGAGAGAGAGAGAGAAACAGAAAGAAAGAGAAAGAAAGAUUCUGAAUAAUUUUGUUGUGUAAAUAAUCGGAUGUGUUUCUCGAAGUGAUUUAUCGUAAUUAUCCCGUGGUCUAAGAUUGCGAAAAGUCAUCUGGUGCUCGUAAAUGGCCCCGUAGUUCACAGCAGACUCUAUGUCCUACGAAGAAUAUAGCCAAGAGAAAAAAACAUUGUCGUAUAUUUAAUAAUGGCAAAAAAAGAAGACGAAGGAGAAGCUUACGCAUCGCACUUUCAUACGCUAAUAAAAUCGACGAUAUCGAAUAAGUCGCCAGCAUAUUAUUGCUCUUAACGUAUAUAACGAGACCGGACGGUUUUUUUAUAUUUUUUAAUUUUAUAUGUGCAUUAUAUAAUUGAUAAAGAUUAGUCGUCGUAUUUUAUGAAAAAGAAACGCAUAUAUUUAUUUUUGUUUGUUCCUAUUUCUGAAGAGAGAAGAGUUGAGAGUACACUAAGAAGGAGAGAAAUAAUAUUAUUAUAUAGCUUUGUCAUCGUAUUACACACACACACACACACAGAAACACACACACGUACUAUUCAUCUGUGUACAGCACCUUUAUGAUUUAUUGUGAUACCAUAUAUAUUAUUAAAUAAAUCCAAACAGUACGAAGUCA